AUGGCAAAAAUUGCAUUAAGCUUAGGACUUGUGUUAAGCUUGGUAGGACAACUGAGCGAAGCGAGGUGGUCCGUGGGGCGCGUAACCCUAGAUGCCCAGCAUACUGGCCUGCAAUCACGUUACGCAACACUUCAGCAGGAGCACGAGAACUUCUCGAUUCAGCACGAGAUACUUGUGAGAAAAUCUGAUACGCAACAAGAAAAAAUUGAUUAUCUAGAGAGUGAGAAUGCGGAAAUGAAGAGCCUUUUGGAAAAGUACAUAGCGGAACAACAACAACUAAACGACGCAUACCACCGUGUCAAACAAGAACACGAGGCCUGCCAGAAAGUCAAAGAACAGCUUGAAGAUUUGGCCCAUCAAUGGAAAGCACGGUUAAAAGAAAACAUGGAGCUUCACUCUACGAGUACCAAGCUCCGACGAGAGCUAAGAAAGGCUUUAGAGAUUCGAACGCUGGAAGAACCGCUUCCGAGAGCAGAAGAAGUACAAGCGCCUGUUAUAGUAGAGGCUACGGCUAUGUCGGACAUAGAAUACAGCGACGACGAGCCAAUUUCAGAUGAUCUGACACCAUAA